AAUCAAAAAUACAAAACAAAUCAUAAUACUAAAAGUUAUAAUAUUAUUCGUCUAUGCCUACCCCUACUAAAAACGGCACUCCAUUGACCUGGCAAUUAUGACCAAAAGUCACUCACUAAUCACAUCAUUGACAUCGACUGGUCAUCGUCCAAAGACUUUAUAAGUUAGAAUAUUCAACAAGAAUUGGUCAAUUUUGUACAGCCAAUUGAAACUGAAAAUGAGUAUAAACAUUCAAGAAUUCAAAGUUUUUAAUUUCAGACAAUCAAACACAAGAAAAAAAAGACCAAGAUGGACGACUUGUUGUUCGUCGUCUUCUGGAUUGUCCCCUUAUGUUCUGUUCUUGUUUCUGCAGACAUAUGCUUUGAAAGAUCUGGUCUUUUCACACCCAACGGUACUUACGACUUAAACCGCCGACACAUGCUCGCUUCUCUUCCUUCCCUCGUCACAGCCAAUGACGGCUUCUACACAACAUCGACCGGACAAGAUCCCAACAGAGUGUACGGUCUAGGGAUGUGUGCCCCUGGUUCUAACACUCGAUCUUGCUCUGACUGUAUCAUCUCUUCGUCUGCUAGAUUGUUACGGAACUGUACUAACCAGAUGGAAGGUAUAGACUGGAGGAUGGACAGAACACUCUGUCUUGUACGUUACUCGAACCGCUCCUUUUACGGGUCGCUCGGUAUGGAAGUUCUCCGGAGUGAGAACUAUACAAGAAUUUUUCAAGAUGACAUGAUGACGGAUCUAGACAGUGAAUGGGAGGCUUUGAUGAUUAGUUUGAUAGAUCAAGCUUCCACUUUGUACUACGCAGCCGGAACGCAGAAGCUUGAGUCGUCUAUCUCCCACGUUUACGGUGCUGUGCAGUGCAGUAGAGACUUGUCUCUUGAAAACUGCACUUAUUGUCUGCAGCAGGACGUGAUUGAAUAUAGGUCUUGUUGCCAUGGGAGACAAGGAGGCAUUAUUUCUAGGCCUAGCUGUUUCAUUCGGUGGGAGGUUUAUCCGUUCUUGGCACUUUUCGAUAAUAUGCCUCCUCUUGAUAAAGACGGGAAAAAGAUUUCUAAGGGAACUAUUGUGGCAAUUGUCGUUGCUCCCGUCGUAGUGAUUGCUCUUGGAUUUGCUCUUUGGAAGAGGAGAAAAGCAUACAAAGCAUUUACAAGUGAUUCUGUGGAUGAUAUUACAACUUCAGGUUCACUUCAAUUCGAGUUUAAAGCAAUUGAAGCUGCCACAAGUAAUUUUCAUAGUAAUAACAAGCUUGGUCAUGGUGGAUUUGGUGAAGUUUACAAGGGAACGUUACCGAAUGGAGCACAAGUUGCUGUGAAGAGGCUGUCUAAAAAGUCAGGACAAGGUGAAGAAGAAUUCAAGAACGAGGUGUUUCUUGUAGCAAAGCUUCAACAUAAGAAUCUUGUUAGGCUUCUUGGCUUUUCUGUUAAAGGAGAAGAAAAGAUAUUAGUCUACGAGUUUUUGCCCAACAAAAGUCUCGAUCACUUCCUUUUUGACCCGAAGAAGAGUAGUCAACUGGAUUGGACAAGACGGUACAACAUUAUCGAGGGUAUUACUCGUGGGAUUUUGUAUCUUCAUCAAGAUUCGCGGCUCACAAUUAUACACCGUGACCUCAAAGCGGGUAACAUUCUCUUAGAUAAAGAUUUGAACCCGAAGAUUGCAGAUUUUGGUGUGGCUAGAAAUUUCAGUGUGGACCAAACUGAAGCUACCACAGGAAGAGUAGUUGGAACAUUCGGUUACAUGCCACCCGAGUAUGUGACAAGUGGACAGUUCUCCACAAAAUCAGAUGUGUAUAGCUUCGGAGUAUUGAUUAUGGAGAUUAUUUGUGGAAAAAAGAAUAGUAGCUUCAACGAGACAGAUGGCUCAAUAAGCAACUUGGUCACAUAUGUAUGGAGGCUUUGGAACAAUGACUCAUUGCUGGAAAUGAUAGACCCGGCCAUGGAGGAGAAUUAUGACAGAAAUGAAGUGUUUAGGUGCAUCCACAUUGGAUUGUUAUGCGUUCAAGAAAAUCCUACAGAUCGUCCAACCAUGUCUACAGUCUUUCGUAUGCUCACUAAUACAUCCAUUACGUUGCAUAUUCCUCAACCACCUGGAUUUGUCUUCAGGGUCAGAUCCAAGUCAAACCCAUUAGAUGAGAGAUUGCAGUCUGGUCCGUCUACUAGUAUAUCGAUUACGUGUGUUAGUCCCCGUUGAAAGCUAGGCUGAUGUUUGAUAUGUAUAGUCUUUUACAAACUUAUGAUUGAUGAAGAAAUAUUGAUUCAAAAGCCUAAUAUCAGCUAGUUCAGAAGGAAA